AUGCCGAUCCGACCAGCCACAAUAUCCGACAUACCUGCCAUGGCAGAGAUAUAUGCUGCUGCAUUCAGCUCCAACCUCAUGUUCCAGUUUCUCUUCCCUUACAUGAAGGAGCACCCCGAAGCAUUCGUCCAGGCAGCCAGAGAAAACUUGACGGUGGCGUGGUACGACUUCAGCCAAAUCCUUGUCGUGUCGUACGAGGAUGGUAAAGUGGACGAUGGGCAGCAUCAGGAUGCGCGGAGUGCAUUGCUGUCCAGUGGGGGACCGGAGCAUGCUGGAAGCGAAAAGGUCACGGGUUUCGCCCAGUGGCAACGGGUGGGCACAGGCUGGGAGCAUGUACAUGGGAUAUGGGGACGGUGGGAUCCUCUUUCAACGUUUUACAGGAUCCGUCGAUACAUUUGGCCCAACAAAGCGGCAGCACGACCAACCGAAAACGAUCCUGAUCCCCUCACCAUCUGGAACUUCUUGCCUCGAAUACGACCCCUUUGCCUUGACUUUUUCAGUGCUCCCCAUAGACAGAUACACUGGUCAUUAGAGCUUUUGGCUAUUCACCCCGACCACCAAGGCAAAGGAUUCGGUCGGGAGCUCGUAGAGGAUGGACUGGUAAAGGCGAAGAAGGAUCCUGCAGGAGACCUCCCCGUUUGCGUUGUGGCUGCGGAAGGCAAAGAGUAUUUCUACCUCAAGGUCGGUUUCAAUGAGUUAUUGGGUUACACGAGCCAGGCCGUUGGCAAGGAUGGCAGCGAGAACCCAUUGAAAAACAAUAAUAUUCGGGGUGGAGCAAUGCUCUGGACAAAGUAG